AUGUCAACUCUUUUUCAGCAGUUACAGCUCGAGGAGGUGCCCGCUGGCCCUCCGCCAGCCUACGAAACUGUUGUGGAAGGAUCGUCUAUAGACAAGGAUAGCAACAUUUUACAGGACGUCUUAACAGAACCUUGUCCGAAAUGCAAGAAAACAACUAGAGUCGAUAGUGGGCUACCGUCUUACGAGGCCGCAGUACUUCUACGUGAUACUAAAUUA